AUGGUUUCUGGGGGACAAGGUCUUGGAUCCUCAGGACAAGGGAUAGGUUCCUCUGGACAAGGGAUAGGUUCCUCUGGACAUGGGAUAGGUUCCUCAGGACAUGGGAUAGGUUCCUCAGGACAUGGGAUAGGUUCCUCAGGACAAGGGACAGGUUCCUCUGGACAAGGAAUAGGCUCCUCUGGACAUGGGAUAGGUUCCUCAGGACAUGGGAUAGGUUGCUCAGGACAAGGGACAGGUUCCUCUGGACAAGGGAUAGGUUCCUCUGGACAUGGGACAGGUUCCUCAGGACAUGGGAUAGGUUCCUCAGGACAAGGGACAGGUUCCUCAGGACAUGGGAUAGGUUCCUCUGGACAUGGGAUAGGUUCCUCAGGACAUGGGAUAGGUUCCUCAGGACAUGGAAUAGGUUCCUCAGGACAAGGGACAGGUUCCUCUGGACAUGGGAUAGGUUCCUCUGGGCAAGGGAUAGGUUCCUCAGGACAUGGGAUAGGUUCCUCUGGACAUGGGAUUGGUUUCUCAGGACAAGGGAUAGGUUUCUCAGGACAAGGGGUAGGUUCCUCUGGACAUGGGAUAGGUUUCUCAGGACAUGGGAUAGGUUCCUCAGGACAAGGUGGAGGAGGAUUUUCCGGACAAGGCGCAGGUAACGGAGGAGGUAAAAUGUGCGGUGGCAGUGGCCUAAUUGGUCUUGGUGGAAUAGGUCUUGGUCCUAUAGGUCUCGGUAUGGGAGGCCGUGGAUGUCCAAUAGGUCUAGGUCUGGGUCUUUCAGGUCUCCUUGGAGGUCUCAAAGGUCCUUUGCCACCUUUAUGGUGA